GGGGCUGUUGCAGUAAUCCCGUCACACCGUUAGAGGCAGUGACGUACAGAGUAGAUUGCUACCGCCGCAUUAAAUAAACGUAGAAGAAGAAAUACGAAGACGAGAAAACUCAUUCGUUCAACUUUUUAUUUUGCAGGUUGGUCGCAAUGAGUCACUAGGACUCAUUUUCAAGAGAAACCUGUUUAGUAACCUCAUAAAAAUAGUAUUUUCUUUGCCGAUUUUAAUGAGGAAAAACGAUCGUACGCAGUCUUAAUGGUUUAUAAUUUUGCUCUCGUGCAGCUACUAGCUAGCUAGCUUUAGCAUUCACCCGGCUGUCACUCACCAUGUAGCUAACGCCGCGACCUUGGCAUUUUCUUAAGUUUAGCUAACAUCAAUCAUCAUGUCACAGGAAGAGCUGUUCAUGGGACAGAGCAGCGGGGUUGUCACCACGGACAAACGGAGCAGGAGUCUGCUUGGUCUCGUUGUCACGGGUGUAGUUGGGGGGUCGCUGGUCGCUCUGUACGCUGUGGCUGCUCCGUUCCUCGCCCCUGCCUUGAGAAAAGUCUGCCUGCCGUUUGUCCCAGCGACUCCAGCUCAGGUGCAGAAUGUCCUCAAAGUGCUCCGGUCAAGAUCAGGGACACUGGUGGACAUCGGAAGCGGAGAUGGACGAAUAGUGAUCGCAGCAGCCAAGCGUGGAUUCCAGGCAUCAGGUUUUGAGCUAAACCCCUGGCUGGUGUGGUACUCUCGCUACAAGGCAUGGAGAGUUGGAGUCCAUCGCUCCACCUUCUUCCACAUCUCUGACUUGUGGAAGGCUAGUUUUGCUCCAUAUGCCAAUGUUGUAAUUUUUGGAGUCCCUCAGAUGAUGGAUCGGCUGGAGCUCAAGUUGUCUGCUGAGCUGCCAGUUACAGCCAAGGUGGUCGCCUGCCGCUUCCCCUUUCCUACAUGGAUCCCUGAACACACUGAAGGAGAGGGCAUAGAUACUGUGUGGGUUUAUGAUGCCAAAACAUUUAAAUCAAACUUGCACCACAGACUGGCUAAAAACACAUCAAUAGAAAAACAGAAUAAACCUGAUUUAUGGCCAUAAGAUCAUUGUGCUCUUGUUGAAAUAUGAUGUUCUGCAGUCUUGUUUUUUUUUAUUUAAUAUAUUUGCAGCCCAUGCAGAAUUAUAUAGCACAUUUGCCAAUAUCUACACAAUCCACAUAUUGUUGAGUGGCUGCCCUCAUGGUAAAGUGAUCUGAUUCCAGCUCUGAAUGUUUUGUAAGAAACAAGUUUUAAGUUGAUUUUUAGUGGAAUGAUUAAAAUAAUUUAUACACCAGACUUGGAGGGUCAACGAGAAUGAUCGUACCAUGACAGAUUAAAAUUUCUUACAAGAGCAAGCGGUACUUAUCAACAUUAAGUUCAUAAUUUGUGUCUGCUGUGAUCGAGAGGUUGCCACUUCUGUAACCGGUCCCACCUCUGCGUUGUGCUGGUCAAUGUAAGGAUUAGGCCGUGACACGGUUUAUCUUGGGAGUGGUUGUUUCCCCGUUUAUUCUCUCUGACGAAAACAACAAACAGAAACGACCACGUUGUUGCCGCCCGCUCCAGGUCCUGUCUCCAGGACAACUGUACAAAAGGGGAGGGUGUAAGGAGUGCAAACUAUUGAACAAAAACAAUACCACAGAAGAAGAAAUGGAGGAGGGGCUCCCAAUCUUAAAGUCACAUGCUUUUAACAAUCACAGUGGUUUUUAGUAUUUACAGUCAGAUAUAUGUACAAUCCGAAUAACAAGACAUUUUGUGUACCGGUAACUAUAACAAAAUACAACCCGGUUACACUUCGAAUCCCAUGACUCAUCCAUCAAAAUUUAAGUGGGAAAGGUGAAGGACCCCCACCUGCCUCCCCACUUGUCCCACUGUGGGCCCUUGAGCAAAACCCGUAAGCCCCCAGCUGCUCUCCAGGCCCUCCUCAGCACUCUGCUCAACACAGAGGAGUGGGAUACAGCGUAAAAACAAUGGCAGCCCUUGAAGAAGGGAGCAGCCGAAAGAAGAAAGAGAAACGUCUGCUGGAUAGUUUCCUUAGGCAGCGGCGUGUUUAAAGAUCCUUGACAGACAAAAGGCUCAUUGGCUGUAGAGAACUUGUCAAACAUGAGUUAUUUAUGUUGG